ACAAAAAGUUUAUAAGUAAAUGCUUGCAACGGGAGAAAGCAUCCGAUAUAAUAGAAAGAAUGAUAGUAUAAUGUAACCGAGUUUUAGCAUUUUUCACGAUUAGAAAUAAAACCAAUUAUGAUAAUUUACACCGGAUACAGAGGCUGAGGCGAGAUGAAAUUAUUGUAAAUUUCGCAGAAAGCAAACUUCAAAAAGAAGGCAUUAGAAAAUGUGGAGUUGACAAACUGUAUUGAUGCCUGAGUGAACCAGCCACUGUCUUAUAUCAGAAAUUGAAGGAAUUAUAUAAUUUUAAAGAUGGAAACAACUAUAUUGGCAAGAAUGUGUUGGAAAAUACUCAUCCUUUUAUCUCUAACGACCGCCUUAAAAGCAGAAAACAUUCACAUUGGAGCUGUAGUGAGCAGCCCUGAAAAUGUGGAUGUGCUCAGAAACUAUGUAUACAAAGCAAACUCCCGGUUGGAUGUCAAGUCAGUAGGACUCACAUUCAAUGCCACCGCUCAACUUAUGGAUGCCAACCCUAUACGCUCAGCCUUGUCUGUGUGUGAUGAUAUCAUAUCAAAGCGUGUCCAUGUGAUAAUUGUGAGCCAUCCGCCAGGAAGCGACCAGUCUCCCAUCUCUGUGUCCUAUACCUGCGGAUACUACGGCAUUCCACUCAUUGGAAUCUAUGCAAGGGACAGUGCAUUCACUGAUAAGAAUGUACACCCGACGUUUAUGCGGACAGUUCCACCCUACUUCCAGCAGGCGUCGGUAUGGAUUGAUCUCCUGCAGCACUUUGGCUGGCGUCAGGUCAUCUUUAUACACGGAAUGGAUGAGGAGGGACGUGCAAUUCUAAGUCGCUUUCAAGCUCUUGCUGAACAGGAGGAAAUCAAGAUAGAGAAGACGAUCAAGUUUUCUGUGGGGAUCUCCAACUUCUCGGAGCUGCUAGAGGACCUUCACAGUGCACAGUCGAGGAUCAUUCUCUUCUCAGCGGGGAGGGAGGAUGCCCAGGUGCUGUUCCAGAAUGCUGCGGAGAUGAAGCUGACAACUGGCUCUGACUUUGUGUGGAUUGUCUCUGAGGAGGCCAUGAGGGCAGAUAACGUCCCCAUUGGUGCAGUUGGUCUUGAGUUGAUUAAUGGCUCCAAUGAGUCAGCUAAUCUGGAGGACAGUGUGAGGCUGGUUGUGGACACGGCGGUGGACCUGUUCUCUGUGGGAAACCUCACCACCAUCACCAACACACCAGACUCCUGCUCCACCCCCAUGACAGACAAGUGGCAGGAUGGCAUGCUCUUCCUCAAGCAGAUGAAGCGUAUGACAGUGGAGGGUCAGACAGGACGACUCCAGUUCACAGAGGAGGGGGACCGCCUCAACCCCAUCUACUACAUCAAGAAUAAGCAGCCCGGGGUCAUCGAGAAGGUGGGCUUCCAUGGGCGGCGGGGCGCAGAGGGACAGAACCUUAACUUUGCUAAGGACCAGCCCAUUGUUUGGCCCAGUGGCUCUACUGAUAAGCCAGAUGGCUUGAAAAUCUCAACCCAUCUAGAGGUGGUGACUAUAGAGGCGAAACCGUUUGUGUACAAGUGGCCAAUCUACACUGCCAGUGACGAGCUCAAGUGUGCUCAGGAGAAGGGAGUUAACUGUACAUUUAGCAAUGAAACAACAGGUGAGGUGAGCCAUCAUUGUUGCUUUGGGUACUGUAUCGACAUGCUGAACAUGUUGUCCGAGAAGGUCAAGUUCACCUUCAAGCUACAUCUGAGUGCUGACAACGCCUUCGGAUCGUUCAAGCGAGUGGGUAACAGCACACGGAAGGAGUGGACAGGAAUGGUGGGGGAGCUCGUGCGGGAGGAGGGCGUGACUUCUGACCUCGUUGUCGCCCCCCUCACCAUCAACCCAGAGAGGGCUGCCGUCAUUGACUUCUCUAAGCCGUUUAAGUACCAGGGACUCACCAUCCUUGUGAAAAAAGAGCAGAAAGACUCGAGCCUGGCGUCCUUUCUGCAGCCAUUCACUAACACACUGUGGAUCCUAGUGGCGCUGUCUGUACAUGUGGUGGCCCUCGUUCUCUACCUCCUAGACAGGUUCAGCCCGUUUGGCCGGUUCAAGCUUGCUAAGAAUGAUGACACGGAGGAAGACGCCCUCAACAUGUCCUCCGCCAUGUGGUUUGCCUGGGGCGUCCUCCUCAACAGCGGCAUUGGUGAAGGUACCCCCCGGAGUUUCAGUGCACGUGUACUGGGAAUGGUGUGGGCCGGGUUUGCCAUGAUCAUCGUAGCCUCCUACACUGCCAACUUGGCUGCCUUCCUCGUGCUUGACCGCCCUGAUGCCUCCAUCUCUGGCAUUGACGACUCAAGGCUUCGAAACCCGAAUGAGAAUUUCCGUUAUGCGACAGUGAAGGACAGCGCAGUGGAGAUGUACUUCAAGCGCCAGGUGGAGCUCUCCACCAUGUACAGAAAGAUGGAGAAGUUUAACUACAAGAAUGCUGAUGAUGCCAUCAAGGAUGUGAAGAAAGGUGUGGAGCUGCAGGCGUUUAUCUGGGACUCUUCCCGACUAGAGUACGAGGAUGCGAAGGAUUGUGACCUAGUGGUGGCGGGUGAGCUGUUUGGGCGGUCUGGACUGGGGGUGGGGUUGAGGAAGGGCUCCCCAUGGACCCACCUCAUCUCCCUUGCCAUCCUGGAGUUACACGAGGGUGGCCAGAUGGAGAAACUGGACAACAAAUGGAUCCUGAUUGAGAGUACAGAGUGUCCGGAGCGAGACCACACACCAGCCACGCUGGGGCUCACUAAUAUGGCAGGAGUGUUUAUGAUGGUGGCAGGGGGCAUUGUGGCCGGGGUGUUCCUCAUAUUUGUGGAGAUCCUGUACAAGCGACACCGCGGCCUCAAGGAGAAAGAGCUAGAACUGGCCAGGAAUGCUGCGGACCGCUGGCGUGGAAACAUCGCUAAGAAGAAGCAGUUACGAGAAUCAUGGAGCUUUCUGCGGGCACUUAAGGGCUCCCAGCCCAGCAGCAGCACUCCUUGAUGUUGUCAUCACCAUGUAGUACUGUUGUCUUCCAGAUAGUGUUGUGUUUUCCAGAUCUCAAUGUUGUGCCAAUUAUUUCAUCUCUGCUUUCUAUCAUUUUGUUAUUAUGUAUUCUAUAGGACCAUGUAUUCAUGUGAUGCCAUGAACUUAAAACGGUCGUGAGCAUUCAAUUACCUCAAGAAAAGCUGUUGGCCAUUACUUGGGUUAUUCAUAGUAUUUACAUGGAACGCAUCUUCAAGUUGGCAAUGAUACUAUGUAUAUGGUACAUAUAUAUAUGACUUACACAAGGCAAGAUCUCUUACUAUGAUUUACAUAUUUGUUAAGUUAUGCCUCUUGAAAAACUGGAAUAAACAGACUUGUGUUGACAGCGAACUAUAAAGAAAAGGUACCACCCAGAAAGGAAAUUCUUAAUUUAAAACAAAGUUUUGGUGGGGAUAUGGGAUUGAACUUGUUGGUCGAAGGGUGUUCUGUCCAGACGAUAAAUCAUAAAAGGCUCGAAUGAAUUUAAUAAUUUUGGGUUGUUAUGUUUAUCACCAUAAAAUAAAGGUAAAGUUUUACUUAAGUUUACAUACCACCAAUUAUCAAGACAGUAAUGGCACCUUUUCAUCUUAGAAAUUGCCAAAAAUGUGAGUUCUGGAUAAUAACUGAUGGGUUGACGUAUUUAAUGAACUUUUGGUACACAUGUGAAGGACCAUAAAAUACAGACAAAGCUCAACUUCGGUUUUAAACUACCAAUUUUUGAGUUAUGGCCCCUUUUCCUGUCCAGACUGUAUUCAAAAAUACAGUUUAACCUUGACUUUCAAAAAAAGAAUUUGCCAUAAAUAUGUUGUCCGGGAAAUAACUUGUGAAAAGGUUGACAGAUUUAAUAAGUUUUUGGUACAUGUUUAACACCAUAAAAUACAGGUCAAUUUCAACAACAGACCACUUUGUUUAUACAGAAUUGUGUCCCCCUUUUAACUUAGCAUUUGCUAACUUCUGACAGGUACUUUGACUUUAAAUAUUAUUUGGUAUGAGGGUUAUGGCGAAUCUUUUUAAAGAAAUGGUUUACGAUUCCUGUGUCCAAUUUCACAUGUGGGGGUAUUUGUCACUGCCUUGACAGCUCUAGUUGUAAAAGAAAUAAUCUAACACAUGUAUUUUUAGCAUUUGAUAUUGUGAUUACUGUCUGCUAUAUCAUAUAAUAAAAUAAUUUAUGAUAUUUUUUCAAAAUAUGUUUUGUACAAUGUUGUUGAUAUGUGAGUCACAUUUAUAUCAUAAAAACUAUAUGCAUUUGUUAAUUUAUGUUUUGUUUCACGACAGGGUUGCCAUGCUUUUAAACUUGACGCUAUGCAGUAUUUUUUUCAAAAUUAUCACAUAUCAUUGACCCAUGCAUUUUAAUGUUUUAUACAGACUUGUUAUGUUAAAUAAUUUACAAACCAUUUUAAUAUUAUCCUGGGAGUCUCCUUGAUGUUUUGUACUUUUUCUAUUUUUUUCUUGAAUUUAACUCACCUGAGCACAAAGUUCUCAGCAUGAGCAUUUGUGAUAAGGUGAUUGUCUGACAAUCAACAUUUUUGAUUAAACAACUUCUUCUCCUAAACAACUUCUCCUAAACCACUGGAAAACGUUUCUGCCAAACUUCCUAGGGUGGUCCUCUUCCAUGUUACUUCAAUGAAAGUUGUAACACAUUCAUGUAGAACUCUGGUUUCCAUUGCAUCUGAAAGGAAAGUCUUUAAAAAAUCUUCUUCUCAGAAACUGCUGGCCUGAUUGCAAAAUAAACACACAGAAAUGUUCCUUAAGUGACCCUGUGUCAAAAUUCUACACCCCAUGUUGAUUCAUAAAAAACAUGGCGUCCAGCUACUUUUUCUUUACUUUUUUACGCCCAUUUAGGAAACGUGAUGAAAUACAGAUUGACCUUUAGUGUAUUGGCGGGUGGCAUCCAUUAUCCGAUGAAUAACUUUAGAACCCUGUGUCCUAUUGCAACCAAAUUUGGUCAGAUUGUGUAUGGACAUGGUUGAUAACCAGCAAUAUUGUUUUUAAUAGUCACUCCAGAGUAAUCACCCUUUAAUUAUAUCAAUUACCUAAAACAGGUUUUUUCCAAUCAGUUACUUUGAAGCCUUUGUCCAAUCAUCACCAAAUUCGGUCAGAGUGUAUAUGGUCAUAAUACCCUGGACGAGUUUUAUAACUAGCCACAUCGCUGUAGUCUACCGAGAGUUAUUGCCCUUCAAUUACAGAAAUGCCUAGAGCACCAUUUAAGUUAUACUCGCGAGAGUGAUAUAGGGUCAUCUUGGCCCUUUUGUUUCAAUUUCUUUGUCAUACUUGUUCUUGUCUAUUCAACAUGAUUUAUAUAUCUUUAUUUUGUUUCUCUUGUUUUUUGUAUUGUUGUAGCAAUAUAUUUAUUUCUUUAUUUUCACAUUUUAAUUGUGUUGUGAUCUUGUAUUUAAUUACUGUUCAAUAAAUUCAUACUUUUCUUUACAGAUUUAAUACAUGUUCAUAUACAUGUGUGUAUGUUAAUGUUUUUCGUCAUUUUGAAAGAUUGAAAUUAAUUAAGGUGAAAUAUUGAUUGAGAUGGACGAUAGACUCCUUUUUCCAUAUAAGAAUCUCAUUUUUCUAUGUGCAAUGUUUUCUCUGAAAUUGAUUGUUGUUGAUUUUAUCAAUCUACUGUGCAAUACAUUAUUCUGUUGUUGUUUUUGUGAACUGCUGAACUUGAUAUUUUAUUUAUAGAUUUUUCUGCUGACAGAAAAUGAAUAAAUCCAGUGGGUGUUGUAUUUUC